AGCGCGUGGUGCCGCGCGUCCUCGCGACGGGCACCGCCUCCUCGCGGUAACGCGGUGAGUGAGGCGAGGGCCGGGAAGGAGGAGGCUGGGCUUGGAGCCGGCCGCGGUCGCGCCCGGGGCCCGCGCCGCCGCCUAGGGCGCCCCGGGGACCCGGCCGGGCUGUGUGGAUGGCCCUGUCCGGGCGGCCCGCACUCGUCCUCCUGCUCCUCCUGGCCGCCGCCGUCGGGUGCCAGGAGCAGGAGCAGGCGCAGAUCACCGACUGGAGGGCCACCCUGAAGACCAUCCGCAAUGGCAUCCACAGGAUAGACACGUACCUGAACGCCGCCUUGGACCUGCUGGGCGGCGAGGACGGGCUCUGUCAGUACAAGUGCAGUGACGGAUCAAAGCCUUUUCCACGCUAUGGAUAUAAACCCUCCCCACCAAAUGGAUGUGGCUCUCCAUUGUUUGGUGUUCAUCUUAACAUAGGCAUCCCUUCCCUGACAAAGUGCUGCAAUCAACACGACAGAUGCUAUGAGACCUGUGGCAAAAGCAAGAAUGACUGUGAUGAAGAGUUCCAGUAUUGCCUCUCCAAGAUCUGCCGGGACGUGCAGAAAACACUAGGACUAGCGCAGCAUGUUCAGGCAUGUGAAACAGCAGUGGAGCUCCUGUUUGACAGUGUUAUACAUUUAGGCUGUAAACCAUACCUGGACAGCCAACGAGCUGCAUGUAGGUGUCGUUAUGAAGAAAAAACUGAUCUUUAGAGAAGAUCCUGAUAGCCAGUGACUGCUGUGAACUAAAGAAUAUAACCUGUCAAAGAAUGAGUGUUUUCACUGUAUAAAGCUGCCUUAUUUUUGUGAAAAGGUCAUUUUUAGACCUUACAAGUCUGUAUAUUGACUUUAAAACCUCAAAGUUUAAAAAACAAAAAAAGUUGGUGGGGGUGGUCACAGGAGGGCAUGCCUGUCAUCUCAGGUACCUUCCUGCCUCAGCAGCCAUGUUGUCUUAACCAGUUUCAGACACAAUUGUGUGUUAAGGGAAGACAUUUUGAAAAGAAGACUAUGUAGCUCAGUUUUCACAGCCAUGUUGACAAAACUCAAAUGAGAUCAAAUUAAAAAUCAUUAUAAGGUCUGUUCAAUAUUGUCUUAUUUGGAAAUAUGGGAAAAUCUUCUCUUAGAAGUAUUUAUUUACUAUAGAAUUUAAAAUACACUUAUGCCUAAAAGGAACCGCUUCAUCUUUUGUCUAUUCUAAUUACACAUAAUCCGUUAUUUAUAAUACACAUAAUCUGUUGUUUCAUGGCCCACUAAGCACAUUGAAAAGUCUCGCUGGUUUCAGGGACAGUGCCUCCUUCCCUUGUAAAAUUGGAGCCAUCAGCUGGUAGCGCUCCGGCAAACUCAUGAGUCUUCAGUGUUCUGUGAUGUGCUAGAAGGUGAUGUGAACAAGAUUGAGAAAACAGACUCCUGUGUUACGAGCUGCUCUCGUAACAUGUCAUAUUCUGCUAUAACCUUUGCCUAAAUUGGAGAAAAGAUGGACGUAAUGACACAAAUGAAAAGCUUAAGGUCGCACAUCAGAGCACUAUAUACCUUGAGGUGUUUUGCUUUGAUGUUUAUUCCCUGGCACUUGUUCCUCAGAGUAGACUCUGGAAUAUUCUUUAAAGAUUGUGACCUUUUAUUCAAUGUGCUCUUAAUAAAAAUUAUU